CUAUUUAUUAAUUUUAGAAUUGAAUACAUUAAUACAUUUUCGAGAAAUCUGCUCAAGAUAAUAGAUUUUUAAAAAAUAUCUUAUGGUAUAAAAGCAGUUCCAUCUUUGAAUAUGUGAAAACAUAGAUUUUUAACAGAAUUUAAAAAUAAUAAAUUAAAUAUAAUCUAGUUAAUAAUUAAUUUUACACUUCAAAUAAUAGUGUUAACUAGAAAUCAACAGAUAGACAAAAGGUUUCUAAGAUUUUUUUGUUGAGGUUCUAAAACCAGAAUCAGUUCAUUUGUCUCUAUUUUCCUUUUUCAAUUUUUAUUUUAUUUUUUAAUAGUUACUAUAUAUUAGCUUAGAUCCUCCUCCAUUGAGGCUGUUCUAGACGACUAGACCUCAUUAUUAAAAAAAAUUCUGAGGACUAUAAUCAAUCAUACAAGUGUAUAUGGAUUUUUUGUUUGGUAAUAAAAAAAUAGUUAUAAUUUUACUACGAUUUUAUGUUAUUUUCUAUUUGAUAGAAUUUGAAGUAUAUAUUUGCAUUCAAAUACAAGUUUGAGUUAUUUUAGUAAAUCCCCCAUUUAUAGAAGUAACUGAGAAAUUCAACUCUGCAACGUAUUGGCGAAUACAUAUUACCCUUUGGAAUCCCCGCAUACACAUCCUUUGGAAUCCCUCAACAAUGUCGGAACUAAGACUGGAUGGCAAGAUCGUAAUUAUAACAGGCGGAGCCAGCGGUAUCGGAGCCGAGGCGGCUAGGCUAUUCACCGACCACGGAGCUAAAGUGGUCAUAGUCGAUAUACAAGAGGAGCUAGGCCAAAACGUCGCCGUUUCCAUCGGGAAAGAGAGAGCCAGUUUCUACCGUUGCGACGUAACAGAGGAGACAGAAGUGGAGAACGCCGUCAAGUUCACCGUCGAGAAGCACGGAAAGCUCGACGUUCUUUUCAGCAACGCCGGCGUCUUGGACCCGCGGGGAAGCAUCCUCGACUUGGAUCUUGACCGGUUCGACCGCAUCAUGGCGGUUAACGUGCGCGGCGCGGCUGCGUUUAUCAAACACGCGGCACGUGCGAUGGUGGAGAAAGGCACGCGUGGGUCUAUCGUGUGUACGACGAGCGUGUCUUCGGAGAUUGGUGGCGGGAGACGUCACGGGUACACGGCGUCUAAACAUGGACUGCUCGGGCUGAUCAGAACGGCGUGUGGGGAGCUGGGGAAGUAUGGGAUUAGAGUCAACGGUGUGGCACCGUACGCGCUCGCGACGCCGUUGACUAGCCAUGACGAGGAAACGGCGAGGCAGGUGGAGGAAGAAUUCGCGGCCAAGGGGGUGCUCAAGGGUGUGGUGCUUAACGCUCGCCACGUGGCGCAAGUGGCUCUGUUUUUGGCUUCUGAUGAGUCGGUUUAUGUCAGUGGUCAGAAUUUGGCGGUGGAUGGAGGUUAUAGUAUGUGUCGUUCAGGCAAUGUUCAAAUUUAGAGAAACAUUAAUAAUUGAAUCAGUCAAAAAAAAGAUAAUAAUUGAACGUGAAAACUUUUGUCAUUUUCCUCUUUUUUCUGCUGUAAUAAUAACUGAUAUGAUUGGGAAUAAGAGUAAGAAAUCGUAAUAAUAGACUAA